AUGGCAGCAUUAUCCUCCUCCUCCUCCAACUGCCUCUUCAUCUUAGCUGCAGUAGCUCUGAUUCUGCUGCACUCUGCCCACGCUGCAAGGCCUGCGCCUGUGCAGGACAAAACCCUAGAAGACCAAAAGAACUUCUUCACCUUCGGCGGCAUGGGAAGCUACGCCGGAGUUGGCCCCACAGGCAUUCCCUACGGCGGCGUAGGCGGCGCAAUAGGCAAUGGUGGACUCGUCGGUGGAGCGCCGCUCACCGGCCUCGGAGGCUUUGUCGGGACAAACCCCAACGGAGGCUUCACCGGCGUCGGAGGAGCCAUCCCCGGCGGCGUAGUCACCGUCGGCGGGAAUACCGGCGGAUUCAACUAUCAGCCACACCCUUGA